GCGGGUGGCCGCAGCCAGGUGUGCCUGGCUGGGGCCGCUGCUCCGCUCCGCUCCGCUCCGUCAGCCCGGCACCAUGACCGUCACACGGCUCGACCAGGGGCAGCGCCACCGGCCGCGAAUGGCCUUCCUGAAAAAGAUCGAAGCGCUUAUGAUGGAGAUGCAGAAUCCAGACACGGGCAUCAAGACGCAGACACAGAGGGUGAUGGUCACGAACAUCCCACAUGCUGUGGCAGGUAAUGUUAUAUUGCAGUGGAUUCUCCAACGCUUGCAGAUCACUGAGGAAGAGGCACUCCACCUGGGGGACCUGUUUGUCAAAUAUGGAUACAUCUAUCCUCUUCAGGAGCCAAAGAACCUCACCCUUAAGACAGACAGCAGCCUGUACAGGUUUCAAACCCCGUAUUUCUGGCCCGCACAGAGCUGGCCCGCUGAUGACACAGACUAUGCAAUUUACCUAGCAAAGAAGAACAUUAAGAGGAAAGGGAUUUUAGAAGAAUAUGAAAAGGAACAUUACAACAUGCUCAAUCAAAAAAUAAACUACAAGUGGGAUUUUGUUAUUAUGCAGGCCAAAGAGCAGUAUAAGGCAGGGAAGGAGCGGAAGAAGGCGGAUAGGUACGCCCUGGACUGCCAGGAGAGAGCCUACUGGCUUGUGAACCGAACUCCUCCCGGCAUGCUAGAUGUCCUAGAGUACGGAUUAGACCGCGUAACGGAUCCUAAUGAAAAUAAGAAAAAAACUAUGGCUUCUUAUAGGAGAGAGAUCAUGUACUAUCAGCAGGCCAUCAUGAAGACCAGAGUGAAAUCUUCUGUCUCUCUCGAAGGGCUUGUGAAGUACUCAGAGCAGUUCCUCUCCAAUGAUCCUAUCCUGUCUGGAUGUCUCCCCAGCAACCCCUGGAUAACAGAUGACCCUGAGUUCUGGGAUCUCAAUGCAAAACUAGUGGAAGUCCCCACCAGAAUGCGUGUAGAGAGAUGGGCCUUCAAUUUCAAUGAGCUGAUCCGGGACCCGAAAGGUCGGCAGAACUUCCAGCUCUUCCUGCGGAAGGAGUUCAGCGGAGAGAAUCUGAGUUUCUGGGAAGCCUGUGAAGAUCUCAAGUAUGGAGACCAAUCCAAGGUCAAAGAAAAAGCAGAAGAAAUUUAUGAACUCUUUCUGGCUCCAGGAGCAAGGCGCUGGAUUAACAUUGACGGCACAACAAUGGGCAUCACGGUCAAAGGCCUCAAGCACCCCCAUCGUUACGUUUUAGAUGCUGCCCAGACCCACAUUUACAUGCUGAUGAAAAAGGACUCCUAUGGCCGCUAUUUAAAGUCUCCAGUAUACAAGGAAAUGCUGGCCAAGGCUGUUGUGCCACAAGAGACUGUCAAAAAAAGUUCCACUUUUCUGUUUGGACGCCGUCAGCUCCGCUCCAGCCCCAGCCCCAUCAUCCUGAGGCAGCAGGAGGAAGAGGCCAAAGCCAGAGAAGCUGCCGCGACCGUGGACAUCACGCAGGUCAUGAGCAAGCUGGAUCGCAGGAGCCAGCUCAAGAAGGAACCUCCCAAAUAGGCUCUGAGCCCACCAGGUCGCAGAGCAGGGAAAAGACAAGCCGAGGCUGGUGUUGAGCUUCGUCUCCCCUUCCUGAAGGUGUCAGUGCUGCUUUAGGUUUCCCAGGCCGGCUCUGCCAGCAGCCCGCUUCCUGCACGUUGCCAUGGCUCCUGGAGCAGCAGAUGUCACUUCCCAGGCAUGUCAGGCAUGGGAAUGCUGGCAGAGCCAGGCCGCUGGCUGUGCUGGACUCGGGGUGCAGGGCCCUGGCUCCCUCCCCACACACGUUGGCAGGGAGGUGCCUUUUGGCUGCCCCGAGCACCCCCACCGCCCCGGCCCGGAGGUUGGGCAGGCCGGCCGCUUCUCCCUGGCUCCUGCUCUUCCAGGAGGUGGGAUGGCACGAGGCAGAGGAAAGCUCUGCCAUCCAAAUCCUUUGGGUUCAAAUCAGCCUUCCUUGGAGCAGAGGUGGAUGACCCCGCAGGGAGCAGGUUCAUCCUCUCGGGGGGGGAUGUGCACCCUCCCAGGGGAUGCGUCCUGGGCACCCCCUGAGGGGAGUGCACCCCUCACUUCAACCAUCCUGCGCCUCCUAGCCAGGGCAGCAGAGCCACAGGCAGAAGAGCAGGGUAGAUUUCUUGUGAGGAUGGUAGGAUGAGUGUUCCUGAAGGUUUAGUUGACCCUUUGAAUUUUAAUGGCACCUCCAGUUCCCCUGGCACGUUGGAGAUGCUCAGCAGAAAGCUCUGCUCUCCCCUGUGACUCCCCCACACGAUGUGCUGGGUGUGCAGGUAAAGAGAGCCGUCUCUCGCAAAAGCCUGCAGGAGGGCUCAAGAGAUGCAGCUGCAGCUUUAGGUUUCUUUUAUCAAAUCCUUCCUACCUCUUGUCUUUUUCCUGCUCUUCUAUUUUCUGUUGUUAAAAAAACCUAACAGGAGGUAGUUCCGGUUGUCACUGGCUUGUAGCCCACAGGCAACGAAGAACCAGGGUAGAGGUGUUAAGAGCUGAUUUCAACUUUAAGUAGUGGUGUGGAUUUUUUUUUUUUUUUCACUUGCUCUGUCUCUUUUGCUCUUCAGAAUGAGGCAACGUAAAAUACUAUGUUAGUGCUAAAGAGCUCAGGGAGAUUCCAGGCUUUGCUGGGAAACCCCGACAUGUCUGGACCAGGCCGAUAAUUACCAGAAGUGGGAAGAUUCCUGCAAAGCCUCGUAAAGGCAAUUGGGGGAGGAGAAAAGAUUUUGUAUUAAAAUUGAAGGGAAGCAGAGGGACGAGGUGGGAAGUGCUGAGGUCCUGGAAGAUUCUUCACUCUGAUUCAUAUUGUUCAUCUGGUUUUUCUACUGGUAUGAUUUUACAGGAAAUGGGAGAUGGAAAAAGCUGGAUGUGAGUGGGCGCCCUCAGGUACCAGGGUGCCUGCAAAGCAACGCCUUGCAAACAGGGAGAUAGUCGGGCGGUAGCUGUGUCCCCAACAGCUUUGAACAGCGAUUCUUGCCCUCCCUGUGUGUGUUAUCAGAGGCAGAAUCAGGGCUACGUGGUCUGAUCUGAUAUCACUGCAGAACUAGUCUCCUUCGCUUAGCAGCUGAGCUAGGGAGAUUUUCAUGACCUCCGCUAACCUAAUGGUGAUAAACCUUCUUAGAGGAAUUGAAACCAAGUUGCGUGAGUCUUUUGCUCUGAUGUCAAGGUCUGCUUGCUAAGUCUCUGCUCUUAUUCCCAGUGGAAGCAAUGGCAAAUUUUGCAAUGCUGUAAGGGUGAGCAGGCUCAGACCGUAUUUUUUUUUAAUUCUGCUUAAAACCACAAGGUUUUUUAACAUCAGGUACUGAGCACCAUCAACCUACCUUGACAUAAGAGCACUGAAAGACACUCAAGAACUUGUCAGGGUUGGUCCAAAGCUACUUGGAUGUGAUGAGCUCUACAGUCUAUUCAGAGUUUGUAGAACAUGGAGCACUGAGCAUGUUGGGAUUGCCAGUAUGUAGUAACAUGUGAAAGAUCAAGUCAGGGUAUAAAUAAUAAAUAACAAAUCUGUGUGUUCCA